GGAAUCCUCACACUAGAGAAACAGCCCUCAGAGCAACCCGAUCCCAUGUCAGUACAGAGCAGACGGUCCCAUUGUACGCCAGCGCAGAACUUAAUUUACACUCACCAAACACGUGAACUAAAAAAAGAAAAGGUUCAUAACAAGAGAAAAACACAACAUCUGCACAUUUCUUAAAUCGAGAUUACACAUAAGGACAAUUGGAGGAAAAGCAUGGUUUCAUUCUUACCCUUAUCGGAAUGAAUGAACCACAACGUCGUUCUUAAAAACCGCAAGUUUGCGAAGUUUAAUGCGACAAAGCCUCGGAGAGCUUCAGCGUUGGAUUCCUCUGACGAUCCUGCUCAAGAAAAGCAGCAGCUGCAACUUCAGAGUUCUCUGGAGCCGGCUGGUGAACUGCCCCUGACAGAGACAAGCAGCGCUUCCACCUCUUCCACCUCACCGGUCUCUUCCGACAGCCGGAGCACCGGCAGCACCAUGGCUGCGGCCAAGACAGAGAUGCUCCUCUCAGCCCUGCAGAUCUCAGACCCACUGGGCUUUGCCUAUUCUCCCAUGGACAGCUACCCAAAGUUGGAGGAGCUGAUGUUGCUCCACUCAACAGGGACCCCCUUCCUGGCUGCAUCCACGCCAGACAGCGUGGGCUUUGGGUCUGGGGAACCUGGAGACUCAUUUGACCCUCUGACUGGAGAUACACUGCCUGAAAUCUCAGUCAGCUGUGACAAGUCUCCAGUGGACCAGGGCUACGCCAGCCAUCGUGUGCCCUCCUUCUCCUACACGGGGAGGUUCACCUUGGACCCCGGGACCAGCUGCAGCAACAGCCUCUGGGCCGAGCCGCUGUACAGCCUGGUCAGUGGCCUCAUAGGCAUGUCCCAGCCGGCCACGUCAGCCGCCCCGUGCUCCUCAGCUGCGCCGGUCACCUCUUGCUCCCACGCCGUGAGCUGCUCCGUCCAAGUCGGUGACACCCACCCCAUCUACUCAGCGGCGGCCACCUACACCAACGCCGGCCCCGAACUCGGCGCCGACUCCAGCCAGUCCUUCCCCAGCCCGUCAAACGGCCCGCUCCACUAUCAGCCGCCCAGCUACCCUGGCAGCAAGGCGUGCUCCCCUAACGUGUCUCUGCCCAUGAUCCCAGACUACCUGUUCCCCCAGCAGUCAGGUGAGAUCGGCCUACUGGGCGCCGACCAGAAGCCCUUCCAGUCUCAGAGCGUCCAGCAGCAGCUCUCCCUCACGCCGCUGUCCACCAUCAAGGCCUUCGCCACACAGUCUGGCUCUCAGGAUCCAAAGGGCCCCUACCAGCCUCAGCAGGUCAGGCCCGGCCGCCUUCGCAAGUACCCCAACCGCCAGUGCAAGACUCCGCCCCAGGAGCGCCCCUACGCCUGCCCCGUGGAGACAUGCGACCGCCGCUUCUCCCGCUCUGACGAGCUGACGCGUCACAUCCGCAUCCACACGGGCCAGAAGCCCUUCCAGUGCCGCAUCUGCAUGCGCAACUUCAGCCGCAGCGACCACCUGACCACGCACAUCCGCACGCACACCGGCGAGAAGCCGUUCGCCUGCGACAUUUGCGGCCGCAAAUUCGCCCGCAGCGACGAGCGCAAGAGGCACACCAAGAUCCACCUCAGGCAGAGGGACAGGAAGGCGGAGAAGGCUGGCUCCACCCCCAUGGCCAUCCCCUCCCCAGUCUCGGGGUACUCCUCUCCCUCCACAUCCUACCCCUCUCCGAGUUCCUCUUACCCCUCCCCAGUGCCCUCCUGCUACUCCUCCCCGGUGCACAGCUCCUACGGCUCCCCCUCGGCCAACCCCAUGUACUCCUCUGCUCCCAGCUCCUUUCAGACGCAGGUCUCCUCCGCGUACGGUUCCCCCACAAACAUUUACACCUCCCCAGUGGGAACUCCUCAGUCAGACCUGUAGUCUAGCCUCUCUCCAAAGAACAUUGACAUCUUCUAAGGCUUUCAUAUCUUUACGUAUCAUUUGUUUCUAUUUGGAAAGAACAGGCAUUGUUACCUUUUGGACUUAUGCACUUUUGCUCCCUCCAUGUCCAUAUAGCACUUAAAGAUCAUGAAACAUGACAAAGAGAGACCACAGGAUAGAAAGGGACCAGUCUCUCUCUUCUCAACUUAACCUGACCAAUAGCCUAGCGGUUAUAGCAUCUGAUCGAAUCUCUGCUGUUGUGAAAAAUCUGCUCUUCAGUCCUUGGGCAUGAAUCCCAGUUGUUCCAUAAAUCACUCUGGGUUGAGUGUCUGGUAAAUGACUGAAAUGUAAAUGUGAAACCCCAAAACUUCAAUGAGUCUUCAGAGAUGUUAUGAACAAAGAGUAUCAGGCUUUUUUUUUGUGUGAACUUUGUCUAACCAACAACCAGACAUAUUAAAAGGCUGGUGGUACUCAACGGGCCCAAUGUAUAGUUUACAUGUGUGACAUGUUAUGUUUUCAAUCCGUUUAGACUUUGUAGAUUAGCAUUCUUUACAUGGUGUCAUUUGCACUUAAUGGUGCCACAUUUCUUUUAUUCUCAUGUAAUAGCAAUGGUGUCAUCACUUUAUUGGAGGAGAACCGUUGAGUAUUCAAGCAUGUUUACUGUAAGUCUGACAUUUGUUUUUUAAUGCUUUGUAUAAUUAUCCUCUGGUACUAGUUAUAUUCCCUGGUGUUCCCUUUUCAACAUAAAAAUGAGCUUUCUUCAUUAUCAACUUUUAAUAAUGAACAUUCUUCGUUAUCAACAUUUGGUGCCUUUUGUGAAGCUUAGCAAACAGAACUGUUUGUGAUUGGAUGCGUUGCAUCUGAAAAAGCCUUAGGGUUUACAGUGUAUUUUUCAUGGAAUGUACUAGAGAUUUUAAAGGGAGGAUUUUGAAGGGGUUAGAGGUCAUAGCUUACCCAAUAAUCUAAGUGGAAAAAUAUAUAUUUUUAUAACUGAAAUGUAAAUAUGUAAAUUUUCAAGAGUCACAUUUCUUCCUACUGAGUAGGCAUUGAAUUUUUGUAUGUUAUUUACAUGCAGUUCUUUAUUUUGUGGUUCUUUUUAUUUGGUAUUGUGUUUGUCAAACCAAGUGUCUGUUUUUGGCUUCUUAAGACAUUGAAUGCGCUUACCUGCCAAGGAUAUUUGGUGUACAUGAUAUCCUUUAUCAAAAGGGGUAUUAAUAAAAUAUCAAUAUAUUACGAUAAAA